UACAGAUGGUGCCAUAGCCGUCCGUAUAAAAUGUGAGGGCGCCGAGUCGGAGACGGAGAGAUAGACCGAUUGAUACUACGUUCAGUGGCCGACGCCGAGCAGACAGAGGGAAGGAAGGACGGACGAGAGAAUUGUGCCGAAGGCCUCGAUUCGCAGUAGCUUUGUUUCUUUGCCGCACGCAAGUCUCAAUUUUCCUUCGAUAAUCUGAUUUGCGUAAACUUGGAAGAAUCGGGAACGAGAUUGCUUCUAGAAUCAAUCGAUGUCGCAGGAUUCAGAGAAGAGGUUUCAUUCCAUCAUGGACAAGCUCUUUCAGAAUGCACCAGCCACUCCAAACUCAAAUUCUGCAUCUUCCCCGUCCUCCAGUCCAUCUGGAGGACAAUUGUCGAGAGGAAGAAAACGGCCAUAUUCUUCAUCUGGUCUGGUAGUGGGAGAGCUGAGGACAAAAAGUGAUGUAAUUGAGGCAUUGCAGAAGCAUUCUGCAGCUUCUGCUGGAUCCUCUGAUGCUCCGUUAUGCAGGCCUUGGGACCGUGGAGAUCUUUCUAAAAGACUAACCACAUUCAAGUCGAUGACAUGGUUUGGUAAACCUAAGGUGGUAAAUCCUAUAAAUUGUGCUAGAAGAGGUUGGAUCAAUGUAGAUAUGGAUACUAUUGCCUGUGAAUCAUGCGGAGCACGCCUCCUUUUCUCUACUCCAUCUUCCUGGAAUCAGCAACAAGUUGAGAAGGCCGCUUUGGUAUUUAGCUUAAAGUUGGAUAAUGGGCACAAGUUACUCUGUCCCUGGAUAGAUAAUGCCUGUGAUGAAGCAUUGGCUAAUUUUCCUCCUACUCCUCCUCCAACUUUAGUUAAUAAAUUUAGGGAGCGCUGUUCUAUGUUAUUACAUCUUUCAGCUCUCCCUGUUAUUUCGUCUUCAUUUGUCAAAUGGAUGGAGAGUCACCACCUCAAGAAAUUUCUUGAAGAAUUAUCCUUGGAGGAAUUUGGUAAUGAGUCUCAUAAAAAAUCUGAAAUCGAGUACCUAGGAGAUGGACACGACUCAGAAACUGCUGAAGUAUAUUAUCAGGCUCUUAAGCUGAUUAGCUUGUUUGGAUGGGAACCUCGUUCACUGCCGUAUGUAGUUGACUGCAAGACAGGGUCCGACCAAUCUCUCAAAAAAGCCACCACUUUGGUUUCACAUCCUACUGUCAAUCUAUACACUGCUGCCACCAAAGAAAAUGUAGAUGGGAAUGGAAUUGCUGAGAUUUCAAGUGAAUUGCAAUCUCAGCCCAAUUCUGUUGUUUUAGAUUGCCGGCUCUGUGGAGCUAGCGUUGGAUUAUGGGCAUUCCAAACAAUUCCUAAACCUGUGGAAAUCAUCAGAUUGGUUGGACCCACUGAAUUGAACAGUGAGUCAGGCACUCAUGAUUCAGGCAAUAAAAGUGUCAUCAAUCAUGCAGGUAUUAUUAAUGUUGAAAUGUCAAAAUUAAGUUCCACAAUUGCAGGGGGACCUACCCCUGCACGACAGAGUUUCAAGGCCACCAUCACUUUGCCUGUCAUUGGCCAAAAUUUGAGGGCUAGGUUAUUCAAUGAUGAAAAAAUUAGUGAUCGGAUGUAUACUGACCAAGAAAUGGUCCAAGCUGAUUCCUUGGAUAAAAAUAUGUUACAAGAUAGCAAAAGCAGUGAAGAUAGCACCCUUACUGGACAAAUUGAUCAGCAGAAUCAAACGCCUGAUCCUAGAUGCAGUACUUCUGGUGAUGAUCAGACCCCUUUGUUGGAAGGUAUAAGUUUCACUGAUCAGGGAACCUUACCUGAAUCUUGUUUGAAUGGUUCAACUGAGGAAACUCAAGUAAAGAGGACAGAGAUUGUUCCUGCUCAGGAAAUUGAAGUGGUGGAGAAUGCUGAGGAUUCAAUACAGUCGGAUUCUGGUAACAAAGCAGAAGAUCUGCAUCGUGGCCCUUCUCCAGUCAAAAAGUCUUUGGCGUCAACAGAUUCUGUUAUGAUCACAAGUAGUGAAUGCAGUGAAAAGAAGUUGCCUUCUGAUGUCUUGGACCAGUGUGAUCCACAACAGGUUUCAGAAAAUGAUACCUCAAAUAGCAAAGAGGUUUCUUUGGACUUACAGGUGACCCCAAAUAAAUCUUCGUGCCCUGAAGUUGAUACAAAUACAGAUAUUGCCAGUGAGAUCGAAUCAACGAGAGACAAACUUUGUUCUGAUAACCACAAUACCUCAGAAAACCAGGACCAUGAAGGAGGUGAUGCGAAUGACAAAGUGAAUACCUCUGUGAACAGCGAGCAUAUUGGCCAUGGUGGAGAGGAUUAUCCCAAGGGUGUUCCGUCAGGUGGUGUAACGGAGUUUGAUCCAAUCAGGCAGCAUAGGCAUUUUUGUCCUUGGAUUGCCACAGGAAAUGUGGCACCUGGUUGGAAACUAACCCUAACUGCUUUACAGCGUGAAAAUAGCUCUUCACCACAUUCACCUAAGAACUCUCCAUCAGCAUCUCUUAUUAAGGUCGAUGACCCCGUUACAUCGGUUCGAAAUCUAUUCACAUCUUCUGCAAAGAAAUUGAAAAGCAGUCUAGUUUCCAACGAGAGCACCAAGCGCUAGCUAGAUUGCCUUCAAUCACAUAUAAACCGGAUCGAGCUUCCGGGAUUGAAUUGCUGCCUCUUCUGAGGUAUGAGAUACACUCUUUGACAGAUGGUUUUCAUGCCAUGCCGUUCCCAAUUGAUAUACUUCUACAAUGAAUGCAUCUGCUGUUGUAUUAUUCUCUAUUUGUUCUUGAACUAGUUAUGGGAUUUUGUAAUAGUGAAGUGUUUUUGACUUGGCCUCUAUUGGCAGCUUGUAGUUUUUUGGACCAUAGAAUUGAAUUAGAGUGACAAGUGAAGAGCUGAGCUUAUUAUAGUCAUAAAAUUUGUACAUUAUUAACGACUGGCCGCCAAUAUGAGCAUAGUACAUUGGUAAUUGAUAUGUACUCCUUUUGAGGUCGAAAGUUCGAACUUUCAUAUC